GUUGCAACCAGAACAAAUCCUGCCCUAUUAUUUAAUUGCCUAUCAAACAAACAACGACACUUUUCCUAUUCACUUGUAUAUCUACAUACUCUAAUGGUGUACUGGUUCUGUCCUCCUAACAGAGUCAUAACACGAACGCUGAGUCAGUCCUUUUAAACCUAGUUCCUCACAUCGGACCCUAGAAAGACAAACACCCAACAAAACACAUUUUAAUGAAAGGCGCAAAGGGGCCAUAUCCAUUCAUAUCAUAUCACAGUUCCAACAAAACAUACCAUAUUCGAUGGCAACCCACAUAUCUCUAGUGAAGACUCCGCGCCGGUUCCUCUUUAUCGCGUCAAUUGGAAAUCCCCGUCCCUACCGCCAAACUCGUCACAGCGCUGGACAUAUUCUCCUCGAUGCCCUAAUACCUCUUCUACCCAACAGGUUUCCCUUGGUUUCCACCAAACACCAGCCAUCUGCCGGGCCCUUGUUUUAUCGGACGUGGUAUAGCCCAUCGUACAUGAAUGAGUCGGGUCCGAAGCUUGUUCGACAAUUGAAGAACUGGAUAUCUACAACACAGACCGAGAUAUUGGGGAAGGUGGUCAUGCAGGGAAAUGUGGUGCUCUCUAAGACGACCGAGGCUGCAGAUCUUGAGAACCCCGAAUGGCAGCGUCGUGGCACUGAUCCUCAGUUGCUGAGAUCCUUAGCUCCCACCCUGGUGAUCCUCCACGAUGAACUGGAGGCGCCCUUGGGAAAAGUCCGAGUAAAACGGGGUGGGCCUGAAAAGGCCAGUUUGCGCGGCCAUCGAGGUUUGAUCAGCAUCAUGGAGAGUCUACGAGGAAAAGGCUUGUACCCACCGCGUACAAGUCCUGGCGAAAAUCGUUCGCAUGAAGACCUUUCUGUAUUGCGAAUAGGCGUCGGGAUCGGUCGUCCAUCAACCCGAGAUCGAGGCGAUGUUGCAGACUAUGUUCUCACGGAAAUGAACAACACUGAGAUGGCUGCAGUACGUGCGGCAGCUGGACCGGUGUUGGACAUCUUAGCAGAUGAAAUAUACCGUGGUGGUAGCGCGCUGUGAUAUUCGUGAAUAACUGUGGUGAGCUAUACAGCAGUCGAUGAGGCUAAAAUAUUGUACAGAUAAAUAGAACCAUAUAGACAGAUACCCAAAAUAGUACAUUAAGACACAGAUUGCGCCAGCAAUGCCUGAAAAUUCACUGAAAAGGCUUGUUUACUUGUCCAUAAUGCCGCAACAUUCCAAAAUUCGGAGCCAUUACCAUCAGGGC